AUGUUUAAAGUGGAAAAUCAAAUUGCUAGUGACGAUGUGGAGAUAUUAAUGUUGAACUUGCAUAAUGUCAAGGUUGAACGAUUGUUGAUACCUGUAACUCUGAACAUAUUAUUGACUCUAAGUGUAUGGAUUGGUGUUUACCGAGCAAAGACAGAUUCGAAUUCUGUAUUUUACUAUAUGCUUGAUCCUGAACAUAAUCGUACAACUGGAAAUGAAGUUAUAGAUGGAUUGGUAAACGGAAUUGGGUGCGUUUUCAUGUUGGCUAUAAUUAGUUUUGCACUUCUUGGAAUGGCUUUAUACGAUUACAAGCGACUUGUACAAAUGUGGCUUUACAUGUCUUGUGUACUCAUUAUUUUUGGUGUCUUCUCUUCAUUUUUGGUUGAUUUAUUCAAAGCAUUGGGAUUUGAAACUGCUCCACCAGUAUUUACUAUUCUCAUUGUUGCUGCUUAUGGUUCGAUUGGUAUUAUCGUAUUUUUUACUAAAAGAGCACCUUUAUACAUGCAUCAAUUCUAUGUUAUCUGCAAUUGCUCGUUAGUUUCUGUAUUUUAUCUUCGAAUGUUCCCUACACAUACGGCAUGGUUCGUAUUGGUUUGUAUCAUUAUUUGGGAUGCAUUUGCUGUACUUGCACCUUUUGGUCCAUUAAGACGUAUUAAUGAAAAGGCUCAUGAAUAUAGUGAUCAAGUAUUGAGAUUCCUGAUGUUUACGGCUCAAGAUCGAAGUGAUUCCUUACAAGAUGAAACUAUAGAUGAAAAUAUUCGUUUACGUAAAACUGCAAGCCCAGAAAGAGAUAUUCAGGCCAAAAUAGUGGAGCGAAACUGCCAGAAGGUUGAAACAUUCAUUAAACUAGCAAAUGAAGAAAGAAAAUACACAGUUUACGAUGCUUUGAAUGAUGCAUCGAUUCGUCUCGGUAUGGGUGAUUUUGUCUUCUACAGUUUACUCGUAGGAAAAGCUGCGGCAAGUCAAAGUGCUAUGUGCGUAUUGGGUUCAGCUGUUGGCAUACUUGUUGGAUUAGUAGUAACCUUAACAGUACUAUCAAACGAAGAGGAAACGACACCGGCAUUACCUGUUUCAAUUACUGUCGCAUUACUAUUACAUUUUGGCAUAUAUCUCUUCGUUGAACCUUUCUACCAACAAAUUGUUACCUGCCAAAGAUUUAUGCUUCUACUGUAA